AUGGGAAAUAAUGCAAACACUCUUUAUGAGAACAUCGUUGAUGAUGUCUUUCAAGAUGAAUCCUCUCCAAUUUCAGAAGAAGAGUCAAGCAUGAUAUCUGGUCUAUCUUUAAAGCUAAAUUUAGCUGAAGAUAAUGAUCAGAAUAAGAAUGAAGUAAAUACUUGCAGCUUUUGAUGCAAAGUAGGAUAUUUACUAUCAGUUGAAUUGAAGAAGAAAGUUCUUAAAAUGAAAUAAAGAAAUUGAUCAAAUUCAACUGAACAAUGGACCGAAUUUUAUUUAUAGUUUAAGUGACUCUGUUCAAAAUGUCUUAUGAAGUGUAGAAAACAUUUUAGACAUGUAUUCUGCAGAAAGCAAAGAGCCAUUUCAAUGAAAGGAUUUUACUAGCAUAAAUAAAUUAUAAGCACAUUGAUAACAAAAGUUCCAACUAUAUCAAAGACAGACAAGAAUCUUAAGCAUUUAGAAAGCAUGGAUAUUAUUCCAAUUCAGACUGAGAGAACUCUUCAAAAUAUAAUCCAACUUCUUGGAAAUAUCUCUAAUCUAGUUGAGAAUAAUGGAAAUUAAAACAACUGAAUUGUUAUAUAAAGCUGAUGAGAGGACCUUCGCCACUGGGAAGACAGUUAAAAUAUACUUUACAGUUAUGGAUAAAGACACAAGAAUUACCUCUUUUGAUGUGCUAAACAAUGCAAACACCUUUCAAAAGCCUUGUUCUCUAAUAGAAAAGCAAGGUUAUGUUUACUUUUUCUUAAUCAAUAAGAUGCUCAAAAAAAUACAAGCAUCUGAACUAGAAUAUUCAGAAAGCAAACAUUGAGGACAUGAAUUCAGAUUUCAUUUGAAUUGCAAAUAUCCUCAGAUAAGAGAUAUAAGAUCUUCCCAAUCAGAGAAUGCUAAUUCAUUCACCAAAAACUUGAACGAAAGCAUUAGUUUUGUAAUAGAUAACAAGAAGAAAGCUAUGAAUGUAUAUAACAGCUGUGAUAUAUCAAAGCUCAAUCCUAUCAAUACUCCUGGAAUGCAUCACAGAACUGUGUCUCUUAAACAUUCUAUUAAAAAACAUGCAAUAUUUCAUGAAAAUGUAAGAAAAUCGAAAGUAGGAAGAUUAAGUGUUCAAGAUAUUCAGACCAUAAAGGCUCCUCAUACUCUUAUUUAAGCACUCACUUAUAAUUCCUGAGGAUAGGAAGUCUAGUCAAAGCACAACCUUGGGACAAUACAAAGAAGCCAAUGAUAUCUGAGCAAAGACAACAAAGAGUAGUUUUGCAUUGACAGCUAAGAAGAAAAGGACCAAGCACAGAAGAUUUUAUAAUAGUGUUAUCGAUAGAAAAAUAGUCCCUCAAAAGCCAGGAAAGGGGCUCAUAGCUAGCCCAUCUCAGCUUAUCAAUUUAAAUCCUGAAGCCAGAGUCUGUGGGUGUGCAAGACUUCUAGCUGUGGCUGAGGAUUUUUAUGAUAGAACUUACAUUGAAGGAUUAAUGGAUUUAUACAGAAUAAAAACUGAAUUCGUGAACAAACUAGAGACAGCGAUUGAUACUCUUUUUGAGUUCCCAAAAACUCAUUUCUGAUGACCGGGAUAUCAAUACUUAUUCAUAUUCUACAAUGGACAAGAUCUGAAAUAUUUUUACUCAAUAAAACAACUCAAGCAGCAAGGGAAAAUUGAUGAACUUGUCAAAGUAGUUGUCUUUACUAAUUAUGACAAUAUGCAUGAAUUGGUGGAAGAUGAUUUUGGGAUCCAGCUUAUGUUAAAACCAGCAAAAUCAAAGGAUAUAAAGCAGAUUUUAUCUAGUUAA